UGGAGACAGGUGUCUCAAAAAUCCAUGACAGACCGUCUGUCAUUUGUAGGUUCAUAGCACGAGAACCAAUGUUUAUUUAAACGUAUAAUCAACGGUAGAAAAACAGUUACUUAACGUGAAAGCAAACGACAGCAGGUGCAUUUCACGGAGGUUCAAUAAUAACAAUGACGUACCUCAAGUCAUGGGAAGAAUUCGAGAAGGUUGCUGAGAGGUUAUAUCUCCAGGACCCAUUGAAGGCUCGGUACACAAUGAAAUACUGCCAUAACAAAGGUACCUUGUGCCUCAAGCUCACAGACAAUCGUACGUGUUUGCAGUACAAAACAGAGAUCGCGCAAGAUCUGAAAAAGAUGGAAAAAUUCAUAGGCAACCUGAUGCGGCACAUGGCGUCCAAGGACAACUGAUAUUUAUUACUAUAGGAAUAUAUUUUUUAAAUAAUAAAGUUGAAUAAGGAUGAAAC